AAAAGUAUAGAAUUAAAACAUGAAUCUGUGUAAACAACAAUUUUGGAAAGGUAUUUCCAUUUUAUUGAACAACUAUCAUGCAAUCAAUCGUAAAUUAUUUGCCUGCUCCAUCAUCGAAGUGCAAAAAAUUGUUAAGGGUUUGCACCAGCUAACGUUAAACUUAAAUGGUCAACAUGAAGAGCUUAUCAAGGAAAACAUUGACAAAUCUCUACUAAUAUCACAAUUGUUGGAAAUAAAUAAUGACGACAUUAUUGAAAACAAUAUCGAAGGAUUUGUUGUGCAUUUUAAAUGCAUACCCAAGAAAGGCGGUAAUAGUAUUCAAGCCGUAGGAAUCUUAGAUCUUUUAAAUACUUCCUUUAGAAUGACAUUUGAAAACGAUUCGAUGACCGAUUUCGAAAUUAAACUGAACGGAGAAUUGGUUGUUAAUAUGCUUAAUGAAAAGUCAGGAUUUGACGUCGAAACGAGCUUAAGAUGGUCCGAAUUUGUACUGAAACCUAAAUUUUACAAAUGGUGCCAAAAUGAUGAUAAACUGAAGUGCGAAAAGAACAAUGAUUCAUUACGUUUAAUCGAUAUCGAAAAGUAUAAUCGGCUAUAUAAUGAGUUUAAACAAAAAUACAGUGAAAGUGCAAUGAAGUUAUGGAAUGAUGCCAAAGAAUCUACCGACCCCUUAAAGUUCAUAUACGAAGACUUAGCCAUAGCUGCAUAUUUGAUAACUCUGUGGCAAAGUGAUAUAGUAAAUAAACCUCCUACAGCGUUUGCCGAUUUGGGUUGUGGCAAUGGUCUGUUAGUAUACAUACUCAUUCAAGAAGGUUAUCAGGGUUAUGGUUACGAUGUGCGUGCUCGAAAACUUUGGUCUCUUUAUCCAGUUCAGGUUACUUCAAGUUUAUAUGAACAAGCCGUAGAGCCAUUUAAAUUUAAUCUACCUCCCGAAGUUGAUUGGCUUAUAGGCAACCAUUCAGAUGAAUUGUCUCCCUGGUUACCAGUUCUGGCAGCCACCUGUCAUAAAAAUAUCAGCUACUUCUUAUUACCCUGCUGUGCAUUCGAAUUUUCAGGCAAUAAAUUUCAACGUCGAAAUUCAUCGAUUUCUGGUUAUAAAGAUUUUUGUGAUUAUGCUGAACUAAUAUCUAAUACUUGUGGAUUUAAAACUGAAAAAGACCGCUUAAAAAUACCCAGCACUAAACGCAUUGCUUUGAUUGGUCUUUCGCGCAACGACCAUAUGGCUAGAAUGGAACAUAUUAAAGCGUUUGUAAAGAAUGAGCAGCAACAACAUUCGAAUUCGUCAUUAGAAGAAAUUAAAUUGAGAGAAAAGGCGGAAGCAGUCAGAAACUGCACACAAAUCGAAAAAUCUAUUAUUGAAAAUUUGGUCAAACAAAUUUUCCUUUUAUUAUUAGAAGAAAGUUCUAAUAAAGAGAAGACAAUUCCUAUUGAUGAAUGGCAAACGGGGGGUCGUUUGACAAUGUCACAAAUAGCUAGAAGUUUAGAUAAAGAAAAUCUGAAACAAAUUAAAUCCGAAUGUGGUGGUUUGAAAACCUUACUACGCAAUAAACAUGAGAUUUUCCAAUUUCAACAACCAGAUUUUGUUUUAAUACGCAAACCACAACGGCAGACCGACAAUACAAAUAAACCUCAAACUGUAAAAAAGAGAGCCUGUUUCUUUAAGCUACACCAUCCGCAAGGCUGCCCUUUAGCAGAUGAUGAAUGCACAUUUGUGCAUUAAGACAUUUUUGUUUUUAAUCCAUUGACAAUAUGAAUGUUAUUGUUUGUUUUAUUACAAAUACAAAAUUUAAUUAAAAUUUAUUGAUAUUUAUUACAAGUUUAAA